GCUAUGGUGCAAGGGCGUCACGUACAUUUUGAAGAACAUAUGAAUUCUCGUAAAUUGGCAUGCCAAUAACAUACGUACGAGCGCAUGGAUAGAGGAACAUACCAACAGUUCCUGCCUCAAGAGCACCUACUUAUUCGUUUGUCAUUACAUGUUGACCCGCUUUUCGGUUGCAACAAAAUUUUUUUAAAAUUUAACUAAAAAUUGAAAAAGGCAAAAAUAUUCCCUAAAUGAAUGUACUUAAAAUAGCUUAGAGGAGAUGGUUAGGCCCGAGUAUUCUUCCCCCCCUGACAUUUUUUAUAACGAAGAUGAAGCCAAAAAAUACGUCCGCAAUUCCAGAAUCAGGGACAUACAGUCCCAAAUGACUGAGCGAGCUUUGGAAUUGCUGGUACUCCCGGAGAGCCCCUGCUUGCUGCUAGACAUUGGAUGCGGGUCAGGCAUAAGCGGAAUGACCCUGAACGAAUCCGAUCACUUUUGGAUAGGAAUUGACAUCAGCAUUCACAUGAUAAAAGCGGGAUUGCAGAACGAAGCCCACCACGGAGGGGACAUGAUUUUAGCCGACAUGGGAAAACUGAUGAGGUUCCAGUCCUGCAUUUUCGACGGAGUAGUCAGCAUAUCUGCCCUUCAGUGGCUAUGCAACUGGGACAAGAAGGAUGAAAAUCCCAAAGUGAGAAUCAGCACAUUCUUUAAAUGGCUAUAUAACUGUAUGAAACGAGGAGCCAGGGCGGUAUUUCAGUUUUACCCCGACUCGGCAGAACAAAUUGAAACCCUCACGAGCUUCGCCAUGAAAGCUGGCUUCGGUGGUGGUGUCGUCGUGGAUUUUCCAAAUUCAGCAAAAUCGAAAAAAUAUUACCUGUGCUUGUGGACCGGGUCCGCCGUCGUUUCGCACCUUCCUGAGCCCCUGGAGGACGAGGAGCAUAACGACAUUGCGAGCACGAACAGGAGAUAUAAUAAGAAAACGAAAAAGCAAAUAAAAAAAAACAAGGAGUGGAUUAUGAAGAAAAAGAAUCAGAGAAGAAUGAAGGGACUGGACGUGAAGAGGGACAGCAAAUACACAGGAAGGAAGAGGAAAGGGAAGUUUUAA